AUGAGGGUUAUGGGCAUUGCACUAACACUUCUUCUGAUGCUUUCAAGUUGUUGUGUGGCUAUGAAUACGAUGAGUUUGGUGACCAAAAUGCAAGAACAUCAAAUCCCUCUGAACAGUUAUAGUGGUGCUAUUAUCCCUCAAACUCCUGGAACUGGUGGACCAGGUGAACGUACAGUCAGUCAUCAUGAUAUUCCUCGCAAGGACUUUGGUGCCAUUGAUGAUGCAAAGCCUCACAGUUCUUAUCUCAUCUCCAUAUUGAUAGUAUUGAAGAGAAUGAAGCUUGUGGUGAUUACAUUACUAGUGUUGAUGCUGCUGCCAAGCUCUUCUGUGGCUACUGAUAGGAAGAAAUUAAUGACCAAAUUGGAGAAAGGAGGACUCAGUAAUGAAUCUGAUGAUGAUGGUCACCAUCAAAUUCCUCGAAAGGAGUAUGGAAAACCUGGAUCUGCCCAACGUACAGUGAGUGAGGAGUUCAAUCACCAUUACAUCCCUCGCAAAGAUUAUGGCACACCUGGUCAAGGAGGAAAUUAA